AUGUUGCCAUAUUUUUUCGGCGAGCGAAAAAAAUCUCCAAAGCAUUCUCAUCGUUUCUAUGACGAUGGACUUCUUGUCAAUCUAAAUAAACUUGACUUUCUUCCAUUUCCUUGUGAAUGUGGAAGCAUCGAGAAUUUCACAAAUCUUCUUAAUAGUCAAAGGCUAGGGUUGCAAUUGCCGGCACUGCUUCGAGUUCAUCCUUCGGGCUUCUGUGACAUCUCAUCAUACAAAGAGUUUUGCAUUCCGAGGUCGUUUUAUUUGCAUUUCACCAACACAUUCAUUCAACAGCUGUUGGUGAGAUUGGAUGAGUGA